AUGACCUCGAUUCACUUUGACUUAUUGAAGGAGGACGAGCUUGAAGCUGCUCAUGCGAUAGAAUUAGCCUCAUAUCCAGCCGAUGAGGCGGCCAGCUUGGAUGUUUUCCGAUAUCGCCAAUCUCGAGCACCAGAACUAUUUUUGGCCGCCUAUACUCUCGAGGACUCUGGCCGUACGCUUAUAGGCUAUGUCUGCGCUACUCUAUCGCCCGCAAAAACACUCACGCACGAAUCGAUGUCGACGCAUGUCCCCGGUUCGUCCUCUGUGUGCAUACAUUCCAUCUGCGUGUCUCCAGAAUGCAGAAGACAAGGCGUCGCUCUCAGUCUCCUUAAUGAAUACAUCUCGCGGCUACAGUAUGCGCUGAAGAGCGGUGUGGAGUACAAGCAAGUGCUCCUAAUUGCGCAUGAGGAGUUGAGGAGCUUAUAUGAGAAAGCGGGUUUUGAAUGGGUAGGAAAGAGCUCAGUUGUGCAUGGCGCAAAUCCAUGGUUCGAAAUGCGCCGGGAUCUUAGUCGUCCAUCGCAGCCUGUGGCGCCCCCACCUGGGAUCUGGGAAGCACUGCAGCGCGCAUCAGGCUCAAAAAACCGGCCACAGGCUCUGGCGCUUGCUGCAUUUCCCAAUGGCGCACAGGAUCUUGUAUCUAACGACGGGAUGGGGACCCUGAGUAACAAAUUCGACCUUCUGUGCCCGCGGAGCGGCUGCGGGAGCAUCAUCCUCAAGGCAGGUGUAGGAUCCCUCGUCGAGCGAGCGAGCAUGCAACUCGAUCCACCUCAAAGAACUACUCCUAACCCGCUUGUGCUACUUCCCCCUCCGCCGGAGACGAUGAAUUGGUGGCUGGUGACACCUAAUGCUAUGGCCUUCGAAAACAUUGGAUUCACUCGUGCGGUUGUUUCGGACGAUACAACCAAAAGGGUGAAGUUGCUUAUCUGCGCCGAAUGCGACCUAGGUCCUUUAGGGUGGUGCGAGGAAGGCGGGAGUGAAUUCUGGUUGGCAUGUAGCCGCGUAGGUUACCAGCAGUGA